AAAGUCGAAAAUCUACAGCUUCUAGGUAUAUCCUCACUUUUCAUUGCCUCAAAGUUCUUUGAAAAAAAUCUACCUUCCAUCAAAUCCUUUGAGUUCCAAACUGAAAACUUUUGUAAAAUCUCGAAAAUCAAAAAAUUCGAAUUCAGAAUCCUAAACAUCCUCAACUUCAACCUCUUCAACUUUCCCACCUCCUUCUACUUUCUAUCAAGACUACUAAACGACUUUCUAUCAACCUUCUCCUCAAACCCAGCCAUAUCUUCUCUAAAAGAAAAGCUCAUCUUCCUCUCCCACUAUCUAAUCGAAUCAACCCUUCUAAAUAACAAACUAAUUGGCCAACUACCCUCAAACCUAGCCAUUGCCUCCUUCUAUCUUGCCUUGAAAAUCCUAAACAUCGAUUUUCUCCUAACCAGUAAAUCCUUCAACUUCAACACAAACCUAUUCAAUAUUCAAAAUAAAAUCAACAACUCAAACUUCAUCCAAAUCAAAUCAAUCAUCCUAGAAAUCUUCAACUAUCUCAUCAACAAAAUCAUCCACAAAGAAUUCUUCAAAAAAUACGCUUCCAGUUUCUUCCUCAAAGUCUCCAUAAUCGCUAGAUUCUGGUCAAAGGACUUGGUUCUCAAAAAA